UUGUUGCUUCUGCACUACUUGGCAGCUCUGCUGCCCUGGAGCUCACAGAAAAGAACUGGGAUGCAGAGACGGCUGGGAAGAGUGUCUUCAUCAAGUUCCUUGCACCCUGGUGAGGCCACUGCAAGAAGCUGAAACCUGAUUGGGACAAGCUGAUGGACGAGUUCAAUGGUAGUCCUGGAUCGCUCGUGGCUGAUGUAGAUUGCACAGCUGAGGGGCAAUCUCUUUGUGAGAAACAUGAAGUUAAGGGAUAUCCCACAAUCAAGUACGGAGAUCCCGGUGAUUUAAAGGACUACUCAGGUGGCCGGGAUUUCAAUGCCUUGAAAAAGUUUGCAGAAGAGAAUUUGGGCCCGACAUGUGGCCCUGCAAACUUAGAGCUUUGUAGUGAAGAAGUGAAGAAGAAGAUCGAAGGUUACAUGGCGAUGUCUGGAGAUAGGCUAGAAGGCAAAAUCCGCAACGCCAUCAGAAUUGUGGAAGAGGAGGUGCCCAUCAUGAAGAAGGUCUCCGCUCACAUGAAGAAGACCAAAAGUGAUUUGUAAGGCGUUGUCACACGCCUCUCAAGGCAUAUUCCAGGGUAGGACUGACCUUUUUGCUCCACAUGGAGCAGAAGGUCCAAAUUCAGUGCUAACGGUUCCAAAACAAAUGGCACUGCCUUCAACGAAUGACGCUUUGCUGAGCUCUUAGCGGCAGCAGAUAGCUGAAUGUUUGAAAGUAGAGCCUGAAGCGUUUGGAGAAAGACCAAUCGCUGAAAAGCGAGUGAAGCGAGAAAAGGGGCGAGCGGGGAGGUCUUUCAAAGUGUUUUUCUGGAAUCCGCAUCUUCCAAAAGCUGCAAAGCUGCUCAACAGCUCUGCAUUUGCUCAGCCAUUUGGCC